UUUGUCUUUGUAAUACUUGUCCGCCCAGCAGUGCGUAUGGCAGAAGCCAGCACAGCCCUGCAAAUCGCUUGGUGGAUGAUGAAGUAGAGUUGUUCGAGUAACCAAAGCAGUCUGUAAGGGGAAGGUCUGGCCUCAAAGACAGGAAUUGCCUUGGAUCUUACAGCUGUGGUCUGACACCCAUCAGUACUUCUGGUUGGGUCUGUGCUUAGGUGGCUGCUGUGUGUGAGCCCUGGGGUUGACAGUGAAAAUAGAAGGAAGAUAAAGAAGGGAAAAGAAAGUUUAAGUGCCAGGAAAGUGCCUUUUUGUCUCUCACCUGUUAUUUGUUGUAAGGAGUGGUAAAUGGCUGAAUAACGGGUGUCUGGACACUUCCACACUGAAUCUGUUAUAAACUGUAGCCAAAAGUAAGUGACUCCUGUAAGGGUGUAAAUGUAGACUGACUUCUGUUGUUCCUUCUUGCCCGCCCACUUCGUUAGCUAUUGAUUUAACUUGAAAAACUUUUCAGAUCAAUUCCCUUAACCUCGUGUAGAACAUGAAGUAGCGAUCUAUUCCCCAUACCACACUAGCCUUAUGAACAACACUUCCUGGUCCAAUUGAGUUCAUCCCAAAUAAGGCAGAGAAAAGUUGAGGUUCCCUGUUAUCCCGAAGACAUACUUCUUCCUUGUACUCAGCAAGAAAUUUGUGAAUAGGGAACCAAUGGGGUCUUUUUAAGCUUCAGUUAGAACAUUUUUUAAUUUCAUUACAUCCUUCUGGUGUUAUUCAGUAAAUGAUCUGUUGACAACCAAAAGAAAUUGUCUUUGAAACUGCAGGAAACAUCAGAGGAGAGACUGAAGAAAUGGAUGGUAGCAAGGCACAUUCACGCGUGGUCCCUAGAAAUGCCAUUGGUGCUGGAAAAAGGCAGCCCUGGGUGUAGCCCUGCUUCCCAACUUGGGAAGACAAUUGCAGUGCGUCUUUCCUUCGGCAGCAGUGCCAGAUUUAGCUGUUCCUCUACUACCUGACAGCUGUCUCAACAGAGGUUUGAGUAAGAUUUGCCUUUCUGUGCGGUUUUAGCAGGUGAUCUCAUUUCCGUGAGACAGCCGCGGUCAUUGAGCUCUUAAGACAGGGACUGCUGUGAAGGUAUCAGCAAUGUGUACUUUAUCUGGACUGGACAGCUGUGUUUGUUGUUUGUUCCGCAGGGCAUGAAGGUUAAGUGAAGCUUAAAUGGACUUUUGAAGGUAAUAAAAGGAAGAAAAAAUGGAGACAGAGACCAUUUUAAAUCUUAGACAACAACUGAAAGAAGCAGAGAACGAGCGAAGGAAGGCUGCACAAUAUGGCUUACACUUGUUGGAGUCUCAAAAUGAAAUUCAGAAUCAGUUGGAUCAAAUACGUCGGGAAUUAACGGAGAAGACUGAGAAAUUUGAACAAGAUAAAUAUUCUCUUCAGAGAGAAAUCGAACUUAAGAAUAGGAUGUUGGAAAGCCUGAGUUUUGAAUGUGAUGCCCUCAAGCAACAGCAAAAUGUGCAACUGGAUAAACAGAAAGAACAGCUUACCAGAGCUCAUGGACAAGAAGUCAAUGACCUUAAAUACAAGUUGGAGAAUCUGAAGGCAGAACUAGAUGAAACUCGGCUCUCUGAGAAACAACUGAGGCACAAAGUGGACCAUCAGAAGGAAAUAAUUGCUGCCAAAACAGAAGAGCUGCACAUGAUGUCUGAACGCGUGCAUGAAACCAUGUCUUCAGAAAUGCUCAAUCUUCAGAUGGAGCUCACAGAACUAGAAAGUGUGAAGGCCAGUGUUGAAGAAAAGCUGAAUGAACUGCAGUACAGCAAAGAGCAACUAGAACUCAUCAACAGUAACUUACGUAAUCAGCUGGAGCGUCUACAAGCAGAAAAGGAAGAGAGGGAAAAAGAAGUUGUUUCUUACUGUAAUGCACUAGAGAAAGCUCGUGAAGCUAAUCAAGAGCUUCAGGUUCAGCUGGAUCAUGUGGUGCAGCAAUCUUUGGACCCUGCAAGUAAAGGCAAUUCUCUCUUUGCUGAGGUGGAGGACCGUAGGGCAGAAAUGGAACGACAGCUGAUCAGUGUGAAAAUAAAAUAUCAGUCACUACAAAAACAACAUGCAUUCACUAGAGAACAAUUGCAAAGAAUGAAGCUGCAAAUGGCUACCCUGCUACAGAUGAAAGGUUCUCAGGCAGAAUUUGAGCAGCUGGAACGCUUGCAGUCAAUGUUGGAGCAAAAGAAUGGUGAAAUAGAAGAUCUUCUUGUGAAAGUGAGGCAACUAGAAAAAUUCAAGACUUUAUAUGAGAAUAUGGAAGAAUGUAGAGCUGGUAGCAGCUCAAAAGGAGGAGAGUCUGAAGACGGUUACUACGCUGACUUGCUGCAAAUGAAACUCGACAACUCAAACAAGGAAACCGAAACCUUGAAAAAUGAGCUAUCUUUGCAGAGGAUGAAGGCUUUGUAUGAGAGCCAAAGGGUUCUGGAAGUUGAAAGAAAACUCUUUACAAAUGAGAGGCAUUUGCAAGCUUGUCAGAGUGAGAACAUGAAUUUGCGAGUUAUGCUGGAUGAGUUAAAAAUGAAAUAUGAACCUGAAGAGUUACUUAAACUCACUAAAAUUAAAAAGAAAAGGGAGAAGAUUCCAGUGGAUGCUGCUUGUGAGUACUUAGACAGCAAAAAUACUUCAGCAAAUGAGGCACAUCUUCCAAGUAAGGAGGAAGUUAAGAUGACUUCAAAUAACUUGGAGCAAAUUGAUUCUUCAUCCAAAAAACAAGCGCUCGAAGCAUCACCCAUAAAUGUAGCUCUUCAAUCAAUGGACAAAGCAGUGGAACCUGAAAGAGAAAGAAAGAGAGUUAAAACUAAAGAUGACAGUCUUGACACCUGCAUGUCAUACAGCAGAAGCGGAAGUAAUUUGUUGACUUCUAAUGCCCCCAGGUUAACAACUGAAUCCAGAUUUGAAGCUACAGAAACCCAAGAUAAGAAGGAAAAUGUAAUCACGACCAAGAAGAAAACACAAAAGAAAAAAUACACUACAUUGCGUGUGUCUUCUAAGCCAACUCCUGAAACGCAGUGUGCUCAGCAAUAAAUCUGGAAGGAAUCUGAAUAAUUUGGAGUCCUGCUUCAGCAGGAAAUACUUCUUGCACAUAAACAUGCAGGUUCCUGAUGCUGAUCUGCCUUGUUAAACGAACAGUGUGGCUGCAUUAAUGAUGUGCACAUCUGAUGACUUCACUUCCCAGAGGACCCUGCUGAGUGCCCAGCAGCGUCACCUGAAGUGCCGCCUGGUGCUGAGACUGAGCACUUGUUAGUUCUUGUUUGAGUCAGCACAGUUCUGAAAGACAAGCACUUGCUCUGGAAGUCACCUAAUGUGAUAAAUGAGGGUUAACCCAAGCAAUACCUGGUAGGCAGUGGUGACUAGAAGAAAGCAAAGCUGUCUGUAAUUGCUCCUGAAUUUCUUCCAUUUCCUGGAUUCAGAUUUCUUAAUGUUUUUUCCCCCAAGUUGCAUCUGCACCUUCACUGUGAGGUUGGUCUGAGAGCUGAAUGUGUGAAAUUCUCUUCACAUGCUUUGUGAGCUGGUAUUAUUUUGAAACUUUAUUUUUACUGAUAAUUAAAAUAAACUUUUGCUUUUUAUUCCUUCCUAAGGUUGAUCUGUUGCAUUGGAGACAAAAUACUUUUUUUCUGAAACUGCCAUUUCGAGAGAGAUUUGACGGCAAGCAUUUUGUUUAAGAAAUACAACUUAAUAAAAGCUGGUAAAUCAUGA